AUGGAUUCGGCUUCGAGGAUUUUCGCCCGCGGCGACGACAAGAAGGACAGUGUGUCGGUUGUCAACCUCCUAAUUGCUCUUCUUGUCCUUGUUUUUGUCGGUCUUGUCUCGUUUGCGCUUCUUGUCCUGCUGCGGCGGAGGCGGAGGCAGCAGCGCAUGAUGAGCGAGACGCUGCCCCAGUACCAGGACGUCAAGCGAACUGGAAACCACCGACGGCUCACGAUUCAGACCGGCAAUGCCAACGGCCGGUCAAGUAUCAUCGUUGUCGACCAGAAAGGUCAGCCCAUGCUUGCGAACCCUUCUUCGCCGCCUCACUCCCCCGACAACGUUCCUGAGAUCCACAUCACCUUCCCAGACGAGCAAGACGACCAGGGCCGGCCGAAGAGUGGCCGGGUGGUUGUUGUCCGGGUUGGCGAGACCAGCGUCGGGCUUGAGCCGCUGCAUGACGAGCAGCUCCCGGCGUACGAGAAGGAGAGCAGCACACAGUUUUACUCCAUCGACAUGGACAAGAUUGGCGGCCUGAAGGAGAAGGAAUACCAUUAA